AUGCCCGGGCAGCCACCCUCAACUACCCCUUUCUCUCACGUUCUCGCCGCGACUUGUUUAUUUGAAAAUUUCCUGCGGGAACCGUGUGCACGUCGGCGCCUGCGCGAACGAGCGGGCUGGACGAUCCGAUCGCUCGGACAUUUUUCCCUUUUUUCUUCAUCAUUUUUUCACGUGACCCAGUAUCUUCUUUGCUCGGGGAAGCAUCGUCGGGACGUGAUCGACGGUGUGAUCGCGCGACGCGAUCGAGACUCAGUUAAUUUCGAGGAGAUACUUCGGAGCGAAAAGAAAAAUAUCGAGUAACGAUUCCAAUCGUCCAUUCUCUUUCCGUCGGUCACCUUAACCACCCGCAAACAUGUCUGACGACGAGGACCAAUACUCGGACUCUGGGGAGAAUCCUGAGUUUAUGAAGAGGCAGGAACAGAAGCGAAGCGACCUAGACGAACAGCUCAAGGAAUACAUUGCAGAAUGGCGGAAGCAAAGAGCCAAGGAGGAGGAGGAGCUGAAGAGAUUGAAGGAGAAGCAAGCGAAGCGCAAGAUCACCCGCGCAGACGAGGAGAAAAGAUUGGCCCAGAAAAAGAAAGAGGAGGAGGAACGUCGCCAACGUGAAAUCGAGGAGAAGAAACAACGCGACAUGGAAGAGAAGAGAAAGCGUCUCGAAGAAUCAGAAAAGAAACGCCAGGCUAUGAUGCAAGCGAUGAAGGACCAGGCGAGCAAGAAGGGACCGAACUUUACCAUCACCAGGAAAGAUCUUGCAGGCAACCUCACGUCGGCGCAAUUGGAACGCAACAAGACGAAAGAGCAGCUCGAAGAGGAGAAGAAAAUCUCGCUGAGCAUCCGUAUCAAACCCCUGGAAAUGGAUGGUUUGUCCAUUGAGAAGCUCCGAUCCAAGGCUAACGAGCUCUGGGAGACCAUAGUCAAGUUGGAAACCGAGAAAUACGAUCUGGAGGAACGACAGAAACGUCAGGACUAUGACCUUAAAGAAUUAAAGGAACGUCAGAAGCAGCAACUGAGGCACAAGGCUUUGAAGAAAGGUCUCGACCCCGAAGCCCUUACCGGCAAGUACCCUCCCAAGAUCCAAGUCGCCUCCAAAUACGAACGUCGCGUGGAUACCAGGUCCUACGAUGACAAGAAGAAGCUCUUCGAGGGUGGUCUGACCGAACAGCAAAAGGAGACCAUAGAGAAGCAAUGGGCUCAGCAGAAGGAGCAAUUCCUCGGUCGCCAGAAGACGAAGUUGCCGAAGUGGUUCGGCGAGAGGCCGGGCAAGAAGCCUGGAGACCCCGAGUCACCGGAGGGCGAAGAAGACGUGAAGGCUGCGGCUGAGGACGAGGACUUGGAGGAGCCACAGUUCGAAGAAGAAGAGGAAGAAGAGGAGGAGGAGGAGGAAGAGGAAGAGGGUGGAGAAGGCAAGGAUGGCGAGGGCGAAGAAGAAGAGGAAGAGGAGGAGGAAGAAGAGGAGGAAGAGGAAGAAGAGGAGGAGGAAGAAGAGGAAGAGGAAGAGGAGGAAGAAUAGACGACUCUUCAUGCGAAACGUCAUCUAACCACCAAUUCAAUCGAUCGAUUAUCAAGCAAAUUCGAAAGAACCUUCGAACCAUCGAAUAUAGUCGUAGCGGCAGUAGAGGCAACAAUGGCGCGCCGUUGUGCCAGGAUCCCGUCGUUAUGGGUGGCUUUUCGUUUCGCACCUUACGCGAGACGGGAACGAUAGCAAAAGGCCCGCAUCCGAAGGCAGAUGUCUGCACGUUGUAUUUCUUGUCUGCGACGAACCGAGCCUGUAACGGCGAGGAUUCCGGCGAGAUAAAACACGCUGUUACUACUUACCAGCUGUUCUACUACUACUACUACUCCUACUACUAUUAUUCUACUACUUCUAUUGCUACUAUAAUUAUUAUUAUUAUAUUGUACAAAAAUACACGCACACACAUUAUUAAAAUAAAACGGUUUAUCGUAUAACAUUGUUCCGUCAGAUGCUUUUCCUACCGAUAGGGGAUUGUGGCUUGUCACGAGCAGCCUUAGGAUCAACCAUGAUGGAAGGAGCGUUACGGGUCUCACCUUCGUACAUUGUAAAAUAUUAAGGUUACCUCUGAUUGUUGU